AUGUGCCAGUGCUACAUACAGCAUGACAAAUCGGUGCCCUUAUUCAACCAGAAUGUCAUGGAACAGUUCAAUCCUGGUCUCCGGAAUUUAAUAAACCUAGGGAAAAACUAUGAGAAGGCUGUUAGUGCUAUGAUAGUGGCAGGAAGAGCCUACUAUGAUGGUGUAGCAAAAAUUGGAGAAAUAGCUACUGGUUCUCCUGUGUCCAUAGAGUUGGGACAGGUCCUUAUUGAGAUCUCAAAUACCCACAAGAAACUCAAUGACAGUCUUGAUGAAAAUUUCAAAAAAUUCCAUAAAGAAAUUAUACGUGAGCUGGAGAAGAAGACAGAACUUGAUGUCAAAUACAUGAAUGCAACUCUAAAGAGAUACCAAACAGAACACAGAAGUAAAUUAGAUUCUUUGGAGAAAUCUCAGGCAGAGUUGAAAAAGAUUCGAAGGAAAAGUCAAGGUGGAAAAAAUGCACUCAAGUAUGAACAUAAAGAAAUCGAGUAUGUAGAAACUGUCACUUCUCGUCAGAGUGAUAUCCAGAAAUUUAUUGCGGAUGGCUGCAAAGAAGCUCUCCUGGAAGAGAAAAGGCGAUUCUGCUUUCUGGUCGACAAACACUGCUCUUUUGCCAGUCACAUAAAUCACUAUCACCUACAGUCUGCAGAAUUACUCGAUUCUAAACUACCUAAGUGGCAGGAAACUUGUAGUGAUGCCACCAAAGUGCCAGAGAAGAUCAUGAAUAUGAUCGAAGAAAUAAAGACGCCAGGUUCCACCCCAGUAUCAGGAACACCUCAACCUUCACCAAUGAUAGAAAGAAGCAACAUGGUUGGGGAACAUUAUGACACUAUCCCUAAGUAUUCACCAAAGAUGCCCCCAGUUUCUUCAGCCAGAGCGUAUGCUAGUCCUCUAGCUGACAUGUUUACCAACCCAGCGACCAUCCCAAAGACUUCAGAAAGAUUAAAUAAUACAGCUGAUAAUUCAGAGGAUCCCAGUUUACAGCGAUCUAUUUCUGUAGCAACAGGAUUAAACAUGAUUAAAAGGCAAAAAGUGAGAACAAUCUUCCCGCAUACUGCUGGAAGUAACAAGACGUUGCUUAGCUUUGCACAGGGAGACAUCAUCACGUUGCUCAUCCCAGAGGAAAAAGAUGGCUGGCUGUAUGGAGAACAUGACCACUCUAAAGUGAGGGGCUGGUUUCCAUUAUCAUAUACAAAGCCACUAGAAGAAAAUGAGGAAUUUACACCAAAUGUGCCAACUCCCAGCCCUGCACCUGUUAGAAGCAUCAGUACAGUGAACUUAGCAGAAAAAAGUAAUGUUGUCAUCCCACCUCCUGAUUAUCUAGAAUGUUUGUCUGGAGUUGCUGCUGCAGAUAAAAAGAUAGACACUUCUUUGAAAAGUUCUACAUUUAAGCCACCAGCACCCAAACCAGAAAUCACAUCUCCUAAGCCAGAUUCAAACGGAAUAGCCAAGCCUCCUUUUCUAAGUGGAGAAAAUCCUUUUGCUACUGUGAAACUCCGACCAACAGUGACAAAUGACAGGUCAGCACCGAUAAUUCGAUGAAUGAGAGUCAAGAAAGUAACACUCAACAUUUUUUUUUCAUCCUGCAAACUACAUGUUCAACAUGAUUAUCUUGUUUAACAUCUGCUAUCAUUACAGAGGAAUGGAACGUAAGAAAGGUUUUCCAGUUUUCAAUGAAUGUUAAAGAAAUCAAAUGCUCAUAAGAUUUGAGAGUGAAUGAACUCACUUCUGCCUUUAAAUGAAUAUAAUAUAUUGUAAUAACCACAAUUAAUAACUUAAAUGUUUUCUUCCUUAAACCAAUAGACUGUUCUGUUCCACUGAUUCUCUUUGGAGGUUGUAGUAAUCUGUUGUUUUUAAUGUAUAAUUUUAUAGAAAUAAGCAAUUGUCUUUGCUCUCAUGUUCUCUACACCCAAGUGCAAAAUUGAUUCUUUUGCUUUAAGGUUAAAUACGUGCUCUUCUAUUAUAUGUAAGCAAUAGCAUUGUAAUAUUUCAUGGAUUUGCAUCAAGCACAGACCAUAAAUUAUUUGUGCUGACAUAGAUUAUUAAAAGGUACCAUUUCAAAUUUUAAAGUUUUCCUUUUUUUUACUUAAAUUUUUAUUUUUAAAAUUAAAGCAUACAAACCCCAAAUACAGAACUGUAAAAGACAAUCCUUCACCUCCCUUCCCCUAACAGUUAGUUAUAAUCAAUCUUAGGAGAAAUCAACCUCCUCACUCAUGUAAUUUGUAGAAUUUUUCUUCCUAAGAAAUCACUUGUAAAAACUAUUGAAUAUUGGAGUUGUACUCCAAAUUCACAAAUAAAAUUUCAAACUGUAGGAUGCGUGUCAGGAUUUUUGUACUA